GUGUCACUCGAUAACUUGGCCAUCUCGCGACCUUUUUUUUAAAGAUCCAUAAGUCUGGUUUAAACCCUAGUAUCUAGUUUCAUUCCAGUACACAGUCGUGUCACGACCAUCGUAGAUGAAUCAGGAUCAUUUCCUGUCAUCGCUUGAAAGAACUUGGGCGAGGCUGUCUCAAGUCGCUGUCCAUGGCGCAGAAUAUGACUCCCGUGAACGACAACCCCACCCGAAAUGUUUGGAAGGGACUCGGGUGGACCUUCUCGACUACAUCUACAGGUUGCUAGACAACCGAGGGCAAAAUCGACUCAUCUGGCUACAUGGUACUGCUGGAGUUGGAAAGUCUGCCGUUGCGUUCACUGUAGCUGAAAGGAUGAGAAGUCUAAAAAUGACAGAGGAGACGAAUGUCGAAAAGCGGCUCGCAGGAACAUUCUUUUUCUCACAAAAACACACCGAACGCUGCACGACCGCAUAUUUUUUUGCGACACUUGUCUAUCAGCUUGCUAGCAAUUUUCCCAGCAUCCGGGCGGAUGUGAGCAAAUCGAUCCGCGACAAUCCCGCUCUCUUAGAUCCCAGCAAGUCUCUCCGCGUCCAGGUGGAGACGCUCUUUCUCCAACCACUCCGUGGGCUUCACCUCAGAUUGCGCGGGUGUCAGCCUUUGACUUUUAUUGUUGAUGCCCUUGAUGAGUGCACAUCCGAAUUUGAGCUUGCCGAUCUCAUCCUUUCCCUUGCACGGGUUCUUCAUGAGCCUGAUCUGCCCGCGAUCCAUAUUCUUCUCACGAGUCGCUCGGAAUCACAUAUAUGUAGAACCAUGGAAAAUGAAGAAGUGCGGUCGUUGGUAUGCGAGAUACCAGCGGCAAUCUCUGGAAAGGGCAUUGGUAGCAUCAUCUCAUUGGACAGCGCUAACGUCGACAAUGACAUCUAUAUCUUCUUGCGGCAUUCCUUCGGACAGCUGGGAAGUCGCCAUCUUGACUUUCCUCAACCAUCGACUGAACAACUUGAGCGACUUGCAAGCCGAGCGGGCGGACGUUUCAUUGUAGCGUCUACGAUGAUGAAGUUUAUCGACAACGAAGACAAUGAUCCCUACGAUCAGCUGAUGGUGAUGCUCGAGCUAACAAGCGAGCUGCUACCAGGAACAGAGGUGUUCAAGUUCUACGAUUGUAUCCUCUCUACGUGUGCCGACCCUAAGCGGGCAUAUCUGCACUUGUCUGUCGUUGCUGUUCUCACAGAUCCUCUGCCUCUCUCGCAAAUCUCGACACUGCUUGGCCCCGGUUUGGGCAAGGAUGUCGAGGCAACUCUGAUACAGUUGCGGUCUGUCAUGGAUAUCCCUGCAGACAGCACUCUCCCCGUGAAUAUCUAUCAUUCCUCCAUUCGCGACUAUGUUUCAGAUACCUUAAAUUGCAGCCUCCGUCAAGUACACGAUAUGCCAUCACCUCACUGCCUACUCGCCCAUUCCUCUUUCCGCUUGAUGAUGAAAGGCAUUCCAGAAAAUGCUGCACUUCUUGAUGCCCUCUCGCAAUUGGAGGAGCAGAGCUGCGCUAUGGAACGCGAGUGCCCCCAUGUAUUGAAACACUCAUUGGCCUUCCUCAUUCAACCGCCGGAGCCACUGUCAGUCCUUAGCGCUAUUUUAUGGCUUCGGGGAGAUCGCAGUUCACAAUCACAAUCUUGGCUAGAGACUGUAGAGGGUCGCAACUGGCUGCAGACCGAUGCAGGGCAAAUGUGGCUGCUGUGGAGUGAAGCUGGGAAAGACUGGCUGCUGAACACCCGAGCAGGGAAAGACUGGCUACUGCACGGGAUUGGGAAAGAAAUGUUGGUCGGAAGCGAGGAAGACUGGCUUCAGGAUCAAGACGACCAACAAACCUGGGUGCAGGCCCCGGGCAAGCAAGCCUGGGUGCAGAUCUCAGGCGAGCGAAGCUGGAUGAAGACCCCGAGUGGGCGAGACUGGCUUCAGACCCCGGGUGUAAAAGACUGGCUACAGACUCAAGACGGGCGACACUGGCUCCAUACCCCGGGUGGGCAAUUCUGGCUCCAUACCAGGGACGGUAGAGAUUGGCUGCAGACUCCAUGUGGGCGAGACUGGCUGCAGACACCGACCUUGGUGGAUUGGCGGCAGACCCAGGCAGGGCGAGAAUGGCUGCAGACGCAAGGAGCGCAAGAUUGGUUGCAGACCCAGGCAGGACGAGAAUGGCUGCAGACCACAGGAGGGCGGAACUGGCUGCAGACAUUGAUAGGGAGAGAAUGGCUGCGGACACAGGGAGGGAGAAAUUGGCUGGAAGGGCAAGAUGUCCAGGCGGCACUGGAGGAAUUCUCAAACACACUGGAAGCAAUGAACAGGUAUAUUAUCUUGCCAGAAAUGCGUUUACUGCCAGCUUUCCAAGUCAUCCAGCAGUUCAAGAACUUGCCGGAUUUUUUGAUGUUUCCAAUGUUCCUGGCCUUAAGACGCCAUCAUUCUACCUCUGCAUCACCAAGUCUUUUUCCAAUAGACGAGGAGAUCAUGCAUGCUAUGUAUACCUUUACGACAUUCGCAGACGAAGCACUGGAACGGAGUCGAUCAGCCUCCGAGGCUCUCAAGUAUGCUUGUCGAAACUGGGCUGUCCAUCUCUCGCGAGCUCCACGUCCAUGGGAUAACAAGCUUGAUCAUAUAUUCCAUGCUUUCUGGAAUCGUCGCCUCCUUUCUUGGCUUGAACUGCAGUGGUGUUUGAAAGGUCUGCAGUCUUGCCUCGCUAUUUUAUCUGAAGGACAGAAACUUGCAAAGCCCAAUACAGUACAACCUGCUAUUGUUCCUGACCCCAAAACGUCGACAAUGCAAUCAUCAACACCCCCGCCCACCUCCGAAAUGUUGAAGAAGGAACCGUCAUCUCCCAUACUUACUCCUCCCUCAGGGCUUGUCGGAACCCCACACGUAUGUGUAACUCACCAACACACCUCGUGGCGUCCUCCCUCUAGUCCACCAUUUACACCACCCUUACCACAUUCUCCUUCUCUGGAACUAGAAAUUGCUGUGUCUCAUACUGGCGCAUCCAGAAAGCGCACGCUAGAUGAACUUGGGCUUGAUAGUGACAUCCCAUUCGAAUAUGUUGCCACCCUUACGCCCACAAAACGCCUGAAACGAGACAGUCAGAGCGUACAGCCAGAGUGAAUACACACUUCUAUCGAGAUUUUCUCCGCGAGCGUGCAACGUUAAAAAGCCCGUUUGCACUACCAAGUCGUUCCUGCGAGAGCGUCCUAGGAAGUUUAUCUCAUCUUCUUAGCGCGCCAUUCAUCAGCAAACUACAACUUUCCCCACAGAAGGCACACGACUUAUGUUCCCACGACAGCUGAUCACAGAUUUCACAGUUCCGCCAAGAGUCACAGCAAAUAGUACCACAAGGUAUACAUUUAUUACAAUCACUCACAGUUUGACAUGACUCACAGGACUUUGCAUUUGAAAGUCGAAGGAGUCCGAGUUUGAAUAGCUACUAGUAGUAAGUCAUAUAUACUAGUACUAGUAAUACCAUAGAAAUGCGAACUCGAUCUUUUAUUUCGGACUAUGGAUGGACUUCGGACAAUGCAAAAUUACAUUCAAAC